UGCAGGCCAUUUCAAAUUCUAUUUGGCCGUUGCGUGCUUCUCAGCUAACUGAAAUACAAAAUUAAAAUUGAAUGGUUUAAUUUUUCUUUUAACAUAAGAGCGAAUGGGAAUAAGCUAGUACAUCAAAGUCAGUUUCUACAUCUCGGUGCCUGAUGAAAGGACUUCAUAAAAUGCAGCAGAAACGAAAGCUUAUUUAUUUAUUAAUUUGUUUAGCCCCCGAAGAAUUUUGUCCUUCGUGUCGGCCGGUAGUGAGUCUGACGUUGGAGUGGGAGGGACUGACCAUGUCUGCCAAGGCUGUGAAGCUGGCAGCAAUCCCAGCAGUGCUGGGGUUAGCAUCCUUUCGGGUGUAUGCGGUGAAGGAGGGAAAACACAAUGGGAGCAUCACACCUGAACAGCUCUCCAUUUACUCCCCUCCGACUGUGAAGCUGAAGUAUGUGGAGGAGCAGCCAGGUCGCCUGCAGGGUGGUUUUUCAGUGGUGAGGGAGACGAUCCACCCCUUUGUCCAGAGGGUGAAGGGUGCCUAUGCAUCUGUCAGAAAUGGAGCCACGAAUGCUGUCCAUUUUGGACAAGAUACCUACAUAUACCUGAAGGACCCACCUCCUGGCUUUCUACCCAGAGUCAGUGUGAUUUCAGUGUCUGGAUUGGCUGGCCUGAUCCUAGCAAGGAAUGGGUCCCGGUUUAAGAAGGUGAUGCUUCCAUUGGGUCUUGCAGCUGUCGGAACAUCUGUUUGUUACCCAGCACAGGCUGUGGCAGCUGUCAAGGUCAGUGGGAAGAAGGUUUAUGCUGUCGGUCACUGGGCCAAUGGCGCAGUCAGUUCACUUUGGAAACCAAGUCCUGCUAAAGAAGCCCACGCCAAGCUACAGAGUCAUGAGUCUGCUUCAGUCCCUGUGAAAGUGCCCAACCCUGAUGUAGUUAAAGGCUUCGACACCCCAGAGGCCAAUGCUGUUCCCAUGCCAGAGGUAGUCCCACAUGUUCCUGAGGCUGUGCCAGAUCAUACCAUUGAGACUGAAGUACUUUCAGCAGAGGAGGCAGCUCCACAAGACAACUUACCUGCUUCUGAGCCUGUUGAUGCUGCUUUGCUUGAACCUGCUCCUGUCCUCAACGCUGUGCCUGCUGAACUACCUCCUGCCUUUCCAGAUCUUUCAGAGAAGCCCAAGUUCAGCCCUGACCCCCGCUUACUGGACCAUGGGCAGUCGAACCCAGAAGAUUCUGAUAUGUAUAGCACCCGUAGCUGAAGCCAGCAGACAGUACAAGACAGGUUUAAUGUCACCAAAAGCACUUACCCUGUCUGCACUUCUUGAUUAGCCUACUGGAACUAAAGCUCCUGCUUUAAGACUUUAAGAUCCCCCUGACUGCCUGUGUUGGUUUUAUAACCCCCCGUUAGAUUAGAUUUAUAUCUUGAACAUUUGAAAGAUAUCUUGUAAUUUUUCUAGGACUAGAGCUCUUUAUAAACCAAGGCAUCACACAAAGAGCUGCGCUUCAAAGAUUUAAAUUGCUAUAAUCUGCAGAAUCUGUCAAAUAAAACAAAAAAGGAGGGGUUGGAGCAGGGGUUCAGCAACGGGAUACUUUUCUCCCCAAAACUGGUUCCAGUGUGCCUGUGUAUGAUGUUUUAAAAAAUCACCCUGUAGGUCUACAAAACAUUUAAUAAAACAAAUCUAAUGGUU